UUCCUGUUGGGAGAGGAAAAGUUUUGAAACCCCACCCUCCGGCACAGCGGCUGCAAGCAGCGACGUUGGAGUGGUCCGAGGUGCUGGCAGCUGGAGGCUGACCGAGGAAGAGGAACGGAGUAAGAAGUUCUCACGGAACAGUUCUGCAGUCUGGACAACCGUCGUUAUGAAGCGGAGCCCCGAAGAGACCCGGACUCGGCGCUGAACUCCCGACAAGAACUAAAGUUAACGGGAAUAGUUUGUUUUUCUUUCUUUCGGUUUUUUUUUUUACCCCCCCUCCUCAGGACUGAAAAGCCAAGCAGGUUUGGAGAACUCUUCCUGUUCCCAGAGUCGGCGGCUCGCAGUUUAUGUAUGAGCGCCUUCAUAACACAGCCAGCAUGGAUGUUGUGGCGCACGGGAAUGCGGGAUUUCCUGAGCGGUCACCGCAGUGUUGCGUUCAGGUGCACUUUCUGGGUCCUCGGGUUUAAAUAAUGAACAGUGGUCAGCGCUUGAAACUGGUCGUAAAACACUGGCUGGCUGGACUGAAUGCUCCUUUUCCUGCUAUUCUUCUCCUCCUCUCAGCGCUUCCUGCUUAUGGUGGCCACUGCUCUUAACGGCUAAAAAUACAUAAAAACCCAAUAUGGACUAUCAAGUGUGUGGGAAAUGUUGAUUUGGACUCUUGUCUGUAAGCGGGAUAAUUCCUGAACAUUAAUUUUGAACUUUGACUCUUCGGACUUGCUGCUCAACAGGUGGUUGUUCUGAGUGAGGAGGGGAAAGGAGGACAAAUUCAGUCAUAAUGAGUUGAUUCCAGAGUCUUUUAAACACAGGAUGAUGAGAUGAUAAUCUAUUCAAACCAUGUGCGGGGAAACCACACACCACACCAAUCUUUCAGAGAGUUAAUCACUGCUGUUUUUUAGAGAUUUGAUAAAUGCUACGAAAAGCAAACCGUCUGAGGACUGCCGAAAUGGAAAGAUUUGAGUUUAAUCCCAGAACAAAUGGAAGACAUUUGGCUUUCAUUUGUCCCUGAAUCCUCUUGCGUAGCCCACCUGUUGGUCUGACUUUUGAACACACCUCAUUGGUCCCUGAUGAGACAACAACAAAGACAGGAAAGGGAGCAAGGUGCAAUAAAGUACUCCUUUGUACUUUAUUUUCAGACCCCUGGAGUGUGCAGUCGGAUCCAGUCAGGCAAUAUAGUGGAGGUUCCAUGGAGCCGCUGAAGAGCAUAUUCAGUCGUAGCUCGCUGUCGAACUGGAAGAACUUGGAUCAGUCCCAAAAAGGGAACUUCACCAACCCUGUAUGGACGGCCUUGUUCGACUAUGAGGCCUCCUGUAAAGAUGAGCUCACCUUGCGUAAAGGUGACCUGGUGGAGGUUCUCUCUCAGGACUCUGAGAUAUCUGGGGAUGAGGGUUGGUGGGCAGGUAAGGUCAACAACAAGGUGGGCAUCUUCCCAUCCAACUACGGCUCCUUCAAGCCUAGUGGAUAUGCCAAGCUACCAGGUACCAGCGUGGUGGAGGAGCUAAACCAUGCUGUGGUUGGCACCGUCGAUCCCGCGGAAGUGGAUUUCCGGGAGCUGAGCUUGGAGGAGGUGAUUGGGGUUGGGGGCUUCGGGAAAGUGUAUCGAGGUACAUGGAGGGGCGAGCUGGUGGCUGUGAAGGCGGCCCGGCAAGACCCGGACGAGGACAUCAGCGUGACGGCGCAGAAUGUGAAGCAGGAAGCCCAUUUGUUUGCCAUGCUCACCCACCAGAACAUCAUUGCCCUGAAGGGGGUGUGCUUGCAGGAGCCCAACCUAUGCCUCAUUAUGGAAUAUGCCUCGGGUGGGCCACUGAGCCGGGCACUGGCCGGCCGCCGCAUCCCGCCUCACGUCCUGGUCAACUGGGCCGUGCAGAUAGCAAGAGGAAUGGUGUACCUGCACAAUGAAGCCAUCGUCCCUGUCAUCCACCGGGAUCUCAAAUCCAACAACAUCCUGCUGGCUCAGCCAAUAGAGAAUGAAUGCAUGGAGGGGCUGACAUUGAAGAUCACUGACUUUGGCCUGGCGAGGGAGUGGCACAAGACCACAAAGAUGAGCACGGCCGGAACCUACGCCUGGAUGGCCCCGGAGGUCAUCAAGUCCUCGACCUUCUCCAAGGGCAGCGAUGUUUGGAGCUACGGUGUCCUGCUGUGGGAGCUGCUAACUGGGGAGGCCCCCUACAAAGGGAUCGAUGGUCUUGCCGUCGCCUACGGAGUCGCCGUCAACAAGCUGACCCUGCCCAUCCCUUCCACCUGCCCCGAACCCUUCGCUCAGCUCAUGUCAGAAUGCUGGGACCAGGACAUUCACCGACGGCCCGACUUCGCCUCCAUCCUGACGCAGCUGACCACCCUGGAGCAGCAGGUGAAGGAGGAGAUGCCGCAGGAGUCGUUUCACUCGCUGCAGGAUGACUGGAAGCUGGAGAUCCAGGACAUGUUUGACGAGCUGCGGGCCAAAGAGAAGGAGCUGCGGUGUCGCGAAGAGGAGCUGAAGCGAGCGGCCCUGGAGCAGAAGUCUCACGAAGAGUUCCUGCGGCAGCGCGAGCAGCAGCUGGCCCAGUGGGAGCAGGAUGUGUUCGAGCGUGAGCUCAGCCUCCUCAUCCUCCACCUGAACCAGAACCAGGAGAAACCAAAUGUCAAGAAGCGCAAGGGCACCUUCAAGAAGCACAAGCUCAAGAGCAAGAACGGCGAGAAGAUCAGCAUGCCACAAGACUUCAUCCAUAAAAUUACAGUGCAGGCAUCCCCAGGCCUGGAAAAGAGGCGGUACUCUCCAGAUUUGGGUUCGGGCUCCUCGCCGUCCUUCGGCCCACGGUUUCGUGCAAUCCAACUCAGUCCCAGCGACAGCAGGGCGUUUUGUCUGACCCCGGUCCGGUCAUUAGAGACCCCGUCUCACAAGCAGUCCAACGGAGACCUGAGGCUGAACCCACCCUGGAGGCCCCAGAGCCCAAAGAGUCCCAAAAGCCCCAAGGUUCUGCGGCUCAGUCCCCAGGAAAGCAGUUUAUCGAUGAGGGCCAAGCUGCUGGGGUCGGACAGCAACGAGAACGGAGACGCCAUGGACGACUUCGAGGAGUACUGCCCCCCCACGCCGACCAUGGCCUCCACUCAGAACGGCUCCUCGUCAAAGGACAGCCUCCGCCUUCCCCCCUCCCAGGGAGACUCUGGCAGCGAGGAGGGGGGCUACUCCCCGGCCGGCUCUCCCAUGCCCGAGAGGGGGUUCCUUGGUGGCGCUGUCAAGAAUACGCACCGAGUAUUGCUAGGCUGUGGCUCCCUCUUGUCCUCCGUGGCGCUGGGUCGGGGCUUGGACUUCCCCCCCAGGGUUCCCCCUCGAACUAACCCCCCAGCCUCGGAGGAACGCUCCUCCUUCGAGCUGGAGAUCUCCUCCCCCAGGCCGCUCAUAACCGACCCCCCCGUGGUGGACGACCUCAUCACCUUCUCCACGUCUGAGCCGCUCCCCAAGCCGCUGCUGGAUUUAGCCCUGCAGUACCAGGAGCUAAAGCCGUUGCCCCUGACGCCGCCACCGCCCAACCCUCGCGAAAGGUCCGGCCCCCGGACGCCGCAGACGCACCACAGCAGCCCUCCGAGUCCGGGGACCCCACUGCAGCAGGACGGCGCCGUCCCGGCGGACUGGACCGCUAGUUCUGGUUCCAGCAACGGAGAGCUGAGCAGCGAGGCCUCGGAGAACCGACCCGACCGCAGGAGGAGGUCCAGCUACACCUCCCAGCUGGUUUUAGAUCUCCCCCUAUGCCAAGACACACUGGACUUUGAGGACAAGACCUCCGUACCCUACGCUCUCCACCCCAACCCAGCGCUAUGGAGCCCCAAAACCCGCCGUCUAGAGGUCAGCGUCAUCCCCCGGCCACGCCCGUCUCCCAUCCGGCCCCGCAUCGACCCUUGGAGCUUCAUCUCGGCGGGUGGCGCCAUCUCAGCAGGCGGCCGCAGCCCCAUCCGCUCAGACAGCCACGCCUUGGGCUACCAGCCCUCGCCCACCAACCCCUUCACCAGCUGCGACCCUUUCCCCUCUCCAGACUGCGACCCCUUUGCCCUCAAGGCGGACCCUUCCAGCAGCUCCGACGGUGCGCCACCCUUUGACCCGUUCUCCACUCCGUUCCCGACCUCCCGAUCCGCCCCGUGCUCCACCAACGGCUCGCCCACUCUGCCCUCGUUCCGCAUCGCACCCAUCAACCCGGCGGACCCGGCCUUCAUGGACCUGGGCUGGGCGGCCUGCGGCAAGCCUCUGGACGUGACCAAAGAGAGAGCCCACCCCCGCAGGACGCUGGGGCUCAAGCCCUUCAAGUCGCCAACGCAACUCAGAGACGAUCGCUUCUGAAUCCAAAUCUCUUUCCCAGUCGUGGAUUAUAUGGAAUGCAUCCCAGCAAUACCUGAGCGAGGUUGACCCUGCCCCCAACUCCUUCAAAUUGAUUGUAAUUGGUGUCAAACAUUUGUGCUACGUUUGUGCAGCUCAAAUUUUAAUUGAUGUUCAUAAAUGUUUCUGGAGGUCAUCAAAGGUCAAUCAGCCAUUCCAGAUUUACAAAAACAAACCAAAUACGAUGUCUCAAACCAUUUGUGCAGCACAAAUUUAUUGUUAGUGCCGCUAUAAUUUUAAAGAUUUUUUUUUUUAAGUUUCUGAAGAUCGACCUGCCCCUAACCGCACUAACAAAAUCUAACUGUACUGACAUAAAUGAAUUGUGCUAUGUGUUUGUGCAGCUAAAAUUUUAGUAGCAGCAAAUUUGACAGAAUCUUUUUGAUAUUAUAAGUGUGAGGGCAGGGGCCGGGGGAACCUUUAGAUGACUUCACAAAGUAUCUGGAAACAUUUGCCGUUAAUUCGGUGGGAGACGUCUGGUGGCCUAGAAAUCUUAAAAAUCAUAGCGGCACAAACAGAAAUUAAUGCCGCACAAAUGGAACCCAGUCGAUUGAAACCAUUAUGUUGUUUGAUUUUGUAAAUGUGGAGUAGCUGGUCGACUUUGUUGGCCUCUGCAAACAUUUAGUAAUAUCUUUAAAAUGAUGCCGGCACAAAUGACGAUUUUUGCAGCACAAACGUUUGACACCAAUUUUGUUUCAUUUGAAGAAGGUGGCGGUUGCUGGGCAACUUCAAUCAGGUGCCAGUGCAAUUCAGUCCAGGACCAUUUUCACUACUGUGUUUUUUUUUUUUUUGUUGUUUAGGUUUGUUUUUGGUUUUUUUGUUGGGACGAAAACUUGGAACCUUUCAAAUUAAAAUCCCACUGAGGGUAGCAGUUCUUCUGAGGGAAGUAGUUCUUCUUUCUACCCCAGCCUGGUGCUUUGGAGAGCAGAAAGCCAGGGGAAAAGGUGAUACAAUGGAUUGUGGGAUAUCUUCCUGUGAACCAACGGCUGGUGCCAAUUUCAUUUUCCUUUGUUAUUUUUCUUCCCCGGGUCUCGUCUGUGUUACUGCUGUCCCUUUGAAGGAGCAGAAUCCAGAUCGGCAGCCUCAUCUUGAUAUUCUGUCAUCCUGCUCCUAUCAGCUGCUUUCAUCUCCCCCCCUCUGCUUUGAAGCCUUGUGACAAUGCAGAGGUGGAUCAGGCCAUUUUUUUUUUCUUUUACAGCUUCAUCCUACAGACUGAAAGCAGUCAGGACAAUGAAAGAAAAUUGGAGUGCCUUAUUUUGUGAAGUGUUUUUAAUAUAUAUAUAUAUAUAUAUCUAUAUCUCUUAAAGGUUCCCCUGAACCGUUUAGCCGGUGCGUUAGACAAGAUUUGACCUAAAUUUUCAGAUUGUGUAAGAAAAGAAGAAAUAAGAAGAGAAAAUCAAAUGCUUGUGAGUGUGCAUCUGUGUCUCAUUGUUAGAAGAAAGCUUUUUGUUUUCUUUUUUUUUAUAGUUUUGUUGCUUUAUGGGAGAAUCCACUCGGUAGAUAUUCUAGGCCGCUCGUGAAAUCCAAGACGAAAACCGCGACCUGGGCGUAGCCCCCCCCCCCUCCUUCCCUCCCCUCCAGAAGUAGAAAGCAUUCCAGUCACAUUCCUCGGGAAAUGCCAGGGAUUGGACGGAUCCACUGGGCUGGCAGGCAACGCGGCGGCACAGGAAGCGGGACGGGGAGCCCUCCGUCCCCCCCAACCCCUCCUUUCUCCUGCCAAAGAAUGCCGCCCAGCGCUCGGACAAAAGGUGCUUACAAAUAAGCGGUUUUGGGCUCAGCGCUGCGCCGGGCGGAGGCAGCAGGGAUUCACAUGCAGAGCGGCGCGCAGAGGCGUUGGUGGGAACACAAAUACAUUUUAUUAUUAUGGGAGUUAAACGAUAUUCUCCAUAGAACUUGCUAAAUGCUCGAAGGCUUCAUUUAAAGAACGUCUGCAGUUUUCCUAGAAUCUGAAUCCGGUUCAGAGAACUUCAUGCUGGUGCAGUUCUCAGUUUAAAGACGUUCUGGGUGCAGCUCUUAGGAAGAUUUUCCAAGUAAGACAGCUGAGCUCCUGCCGAGGGUUUUACAUUUUAAUUCACUUUUCGCGUUUUUUCACUGGAAAGCAGCUACAUGACUUAUUCUGGCAUUUUGUAGAGGAAAACAAAAACCACAUUUGAUUUUGACACAUUGCGAAAUUCUCUCCGCUGCUGCUGCUGCUGGGAAAAGAACAGAUCUCUGAGUGAAGGUUUUGUGAUUAGAGUCAAAAUUCUGAAUUCUAAGAAAAAAGUCCGAAUUCUGAGAUUUGAGUGAAAAUUCUGAUUUAAAGUGGACAUUUUGAGUUUAACGUCCAAAUUUUGAGAUUAAUGUCUGAAUUCCUCCUUUUUCCAAUUUUUGAUUUGAAAAAAAUGUUGUUUUAAGAAAAAAAAAAAAAAGUUCUGAGAUUUGAGUCAGUUCUGCAAAAGUCAGCGUUGUGAGAUUAAUCUGAUUUCAGACCUUUUUUCUUAAUUCAGAUUAAAAAAAAAAAAAACAACCUCAAUUCUGAUAUUGGUUAGAAUUCUCUGAAAUUCUGAAAUGACUUAUGACUUUUUUUUUCAGUAUUCUGAUUUUGGGAGUCUGUUUUGUGGCCUUAUCCUGUUGCUGCUUACCGAAGGCUAACAUCUCUCCAUAAGCUAAAAUAACUUAAUGAUUUUAUUGUAUUUUUUUUAACUUUCCUACAAAGUUGCAAAAUGGCACCUUUAAGCUUUAAAUAAUAACUUCAUAGAACCUCCAUUCAAGAAAUGUAAGCUUUAGGAAGAUUCUUGCUUAAUCUGAACUGAUAUUUACCUCACAAACAUUUCAGAUUCAUUUCCAUUUUUUCAUACAGUCCUAAAUGUAAAUCACCCUGAUGUGUUUCCUAGCUUGGCCUUCUCAGACAUUUCAACAUCCUGCUGUCUGCAACUCGCUCCUCUACAUGUGCCACCAUGGAGUUGCCAGGCAACUAGCUGAGACUUUUAGGCCAAGUUACACAGUCAGAUUGGUUGAUUCUUGCUACAUCUGAUCCGAGCCUGUCUGGCUGUUUUUGGUUGGCUUCUUGCUUUAGGUCCGUUUUUUGUUGUUGUUUCCAAUCGUUCUCAUCAAAGUCUUACAUCCCGUUUGCAUUCCACAUUAAGGUUUUGUAGGCUUUGCGCCUAUUCCAAAUCAUUCCCACAAAACGUAGCUUCCUGUUGACACCUGGAUCAUCUUAUUGCGCGUCACACGUGCUCAGACACUUUUCAUAGGAUUUCUGUGAAAGCGCUGUGGGAAAUGUUAAUUUGCACCUGGAGCUGAACUUCCCGCUGCAGCGAAGGCGUCUUAUCCUCAGGAGUGUGUUGAAUAUCAGAGUGACGAUCCACACCAGCCUCUAUUUCAAGAUGGCCCCUUUAUUACAUGAUUGUUUUGCAAGCGAGCGCCUAAAAGAGACCCACUGGUUUAUAGCCGACAGUCUUCCUAUUAGCUAAAAAUAAUUUGAAGUAUGAGAAAGAUUCUGACCGGCCGCGUCACCGGAAUACAUUCAUGGAAAAGCUCAAAUAAAAUCGCCAGUUUUAUUGGAAGUAUUUUCCUUUAUAUAAAAUAGUAUAAAUAAUAAUAAUAUAUUUAUUUUUUAAAUUCAUAAUACACAACUGAUGUUCGUUGCCAUUAAUAUCCAGUACUAGUCACUUUUUAUUUUUUUUUUUUGCUGUACUAGCUCUUUUAGAUGGGAUUUGAACACAAAUAAGAAAAAUGGGGGGAAAAAGAACCAGGCUGAAAUAGUAAAAAUAAGUUGUAAAUUAAAGCUUUAUUUAAGACAAAUAAGUAGUUAAGACUGGACUUAAAUAGCUAACUAAAGAAUAAUUUUGUUAGCUAGCAUGAGAGACUUAGUAAUAAUAAUUUCAGCUAACUGCCAGAGCGGAUUCUUGCUUUAAAACUGUUUAUUUUGUUUAAAUAAUGUAAAGUCAUUACCAAAGCGAGUUAGAUUUAUGCAUAACUUUCUCCUGUGUACCUCUGAGAUUCCUCUGAGCCUCCUGAUGAGGGCGGGGGUAGCACAGCAUUAACAAAGUGAUCAGAUAUUUGGGUAAUUAAUUAGCCCUAGCGAUGCCGUGCUUUGGGCCAGAAGUGGGUCUGCUUCCUGCGUCGGCUCCCAUCCAGAUGCAUGUUGUGUCCUGUUUUCUCUUUUUUGAACGUGUGAAGUUUCAGAGCCCGUGUGAGCUGGGGUCUCCUCCCUUUCCGUUCCUUUUUGUUGUUCCGUGCCAGCGGCUACAGCUGCUGACUGCGCUGUUUCUGCUUCUGCAGCCUUCCCUCCUCACAUCUUGUUUACCUGGCCGUUCUUCACUUCUCCCUUGACUUCUCCUUACCGUCUUCGUUUUUGGGGCAUUUUCUCAUGAAUAGUCCUGGCAUCGGGGGAGCAUUCAGGUCUGUAACACCCAUGAAGUGCCGGAGGGCGGGAGAGGGAAAAAAUACCGUGGCAUUUGUUCUAGGGCAGAGUCUACUAACUGUGGAGCAAUUGUUUUCUUUUUGACACAUUCUGUUCUGGUCCAAAUCAUUUACUGGGAUUUCAAGUUAUGUACCGUCCCACUGCUUCCCAGCUUUAAAAGUUUUAAAGCCGUCUUAAACGGCCACAAGAUUUGCUAAAUGGCUGCCAGUUAGGAAAAGACAAUUAUCCCUAGAAUGAAAAGUCUGUAGCCACAAAAUGGUACGCCAUAAUGGCUGCUGAAAGAAACGAUCAUGACAAAUGGUUCCUAGUUAUUUUGUACCCACAAUUUCCUAUUUCAUCUAGAGCUGCAAAACAUAGCUUCUUUUUUUUUUUACUUAUUUCAUUUCACAGAGACGAUGUAGAACAUUUCAUUAACCUUUCAAACAGAGAGAUGCAUGGUACCAAGUUGUAGCAACUGCACCCCACUUGCCAAUAAUAUGCUCCUCUUGGAUGUUCUUUCGUUGUCCUUCACUAGCUAGAUCACACCUGAUCUAUAUCUACUGACCCUUUUCCACUAGUGCCAACUCGGCAAGACUCGACACAGUUCCAAGUGUUUUCCACCGGUAGCAGCUAUGUGGCUGAAAACACGACAUCAAACUGGUGUUGGUCACUAGUUGCGUCAUGAGAGCAACGCCCUUAGGAGAAUCAGAUCUACGAUUCAUAAAAACCCAGUGAACGUAUUUGGAGCGUUAAGGACAAUAGCAACUCUGAAAUCAACAAUGUGGUCCAAGGACGAGGUGCAGACAUUUUGCGCUUGCGUCACAUACAGAUCAGGUUGGGGUGUUUUUCAGACUCUGAUUGCCUUUUACUCCACCCACAGAAAGCUGGUCCCCAAUUCUAGUGGAGAAUGACUCAAACUGAGAGGAGCCAAGUCGAGCCAUAAUGAGUAGGUAGUAGUGGAAGAGGGCCAAUAAUGAACAAGUUUCUAAAGGAAGUUGGUAGAUACAACAACUAGACGAGUCUCCAAAUUUCCUUGCAUUAGACUAUGAGCAGAUACGGUUGGACAAUAAAUCAAUAAUGAUAUCGAAGUAGACAUGUGUACAAUAUCAAUCAAAAAAAACGUCUAAUAGCAUUUUAAUAAUUUCACUGAACUCCCAUCCUGAAACGGCAUUCGGGGGGAUGUAGGCAGAGGUUGUAGGUCAGCUAAGAAAGUUGGGCGCCAUCGAUUGACUCACUCUUUAACCAGAAAGUGAGUGAGUUAUUCAACCGGUUAUACAACCCGUUGAAUAAGUUGCACGGCAGCAGUUUCAGAUUUAAGUUUGAAGGGUAUGGAUUGAAAUCCCAGAAAAGUCGGUCAUGAAUUGACCAAAACAAAGAUCUAAAACAGCAACAGAAAGAACCAACCAACUCCCAAAGCAAACAUGUUUUGUUUGAUUAACUAGUUAAAAAUGAAUAGCUAAAAUGAACCAAGCAAACAAAAUAUAAAGAGUUGGAACUUUGAUUGCAAGUGAAUACUUAAUGCCUCGCCUCAGUAUGUCAACACGCUAAAGCAAGUGCCAUCUUAUGAUAGUCGCUACCUUUGGGCGGCUGCUGUUUUCAUUGAUCAAAAACGUGCGUCGAGGAAUCUGAGAUGAUUGAAAUGUUUGGGGAAAUUGCUUCAGUCGCAAGUUUUCCUGUGUGAAGUAUCCUCUUCCAGCUGUCAUUCAGCAACCCGCCUAGGCUAGAUUUGAAUUUUUCCUUCAGAGAUUUGGUUUCGGAAAACAUUUCUCGUCGUUUUCUACUUAAUAAUUGAGGACCCUAAAAUAUGACUCGAAAUAAAAGGAGUCUCUUGUGCUUCUCACAGAUGAUUACUUUCCUACCUGCAGUCAGAGGGGGGAAUGUUUUUCCUUCUGGUAAUCACUUCUGUUGCGGAUUGACCCAGAAUGAAUAAGCGCUUGCUUUUGCACACACACACACACACACACACACACACAUAAAAAAAAAAAAAAACUCCCCGCACUCGCUUUCCCUGAACUUGGUUUUCUAAUUUGCUAGCUGUGAGGAAAAGGCUUGACACAUUUUAUUCAGGAUGUCUUUGACAGGGAUGUCUGAUUCUUGGUUUUGGCUGUCAGAUUUAAGAAGCGAAGCUGCCAUUCGUCGCCCCUGAGCUGACAACCUGCGCUUCCACAAGAAAGUCCUGAUGAGUCUCUGCGCGUAUAGGCAGCAGGCAGUCCGUCACCACAAGUCACUGUCCUGAGUGCAGCUGACAGGUAGUCAAGUCCCUCCGGCCCCAUUUGGCAAACUUCAUUUAAAGACAUGCCCGGACCAUUUACAGUAAUAACUAAACGCAAAGAUGGCCAGUGUGUCACCUGACGAAAAUCAGUAGAGAAAGCACCGACCCCUUACUCGCAGUAAUGUUACAAUUGACUGUUACAAAAUGAAAGCUCGGUUAAUUUUAUCCAAAGUUAGUUUGUUGGAUCAUGUUUACAUUCCUGCUUAUUUUUCCCUGUUUACUUUGAUUGAGACGUUGAGUUAGCUGGUGCAGUUAUCUUAUCUUAUCUUAUCUUAUCUUAUAUUGGAAUUUCCAUUUGGAAACGCCGGUUUGCAUUUCAGGAACCUGUUUGGGUGCUGAAGCCAACGUACAAUGUAUUGAUUUUGGUCCAUAGCUGUUAAUGGGAGAGUGUAGCAUCAAUUGGCUAGCUUUUCUCCCACCAUUAACACUAAUUGGACACUUUUUGUUGAAGUGCGUCAAGACUGAGCAGAUCAGUGGAUUUCAGCUGAAGGCUUUUGCUUUAUACUGAGACUGAAAGCUUCAGUGGUUUUUGCCCUAAAUAGAAAAUCACAUUUGUGUUUUGACACUUUUGAGAGAAAAUUAGGUUUAGUUUGUUUGUCACAUGCUGUGGAAGUAUUUCCCUUAAUAUAACAUAACAAGUCUUAUAUUUAGUUUUUUGGUACAAUGAUACUCAACCAAUAUAUAUUAUGCACAUAUCCAAUACUGGCAAAUAUGUUCUGUUUUAGAUUUGAACAGAAGAACUAAAAAAAAAAUGAAAGCAGCCUGAACUUACAACAGUUAAACCAUAAAGUAAAAACAUAAGUAACUGAACUAGAUCAAUAGAAGAAACUUUAAAAGUUAGCUGAACAUUUUUUUUCAUUAGCUAGCUUGAUUGACUUAGCAGUAGCAAUUUGCUCUUUAUUAUUAAUAUAAUAUUACCAAAUUUAGUUUGAUUUAUGCAUAACGUCCCACUGUGUAUUUUUUGAUGGCCGCUAUACGUCACAAUUUAAAUUGAGGUUUGUGCUCAUUUCUAGAUUUGCAUACAUGAGAAAAACUAAAAAUAAUAAACUAGGCUUAAUUAUUUUUGAUAAAGCCAUAAAGUUAAGCUUUAUUGAAAACAUAUGAGCACAUCUACUUAAAUUUAUUUUUCCGUUCCCACUGUGUAAUUCUUCCUUUUCUUGUUUUGGUUUUUCCUGGCUGAAUCUGAAUGAUAAAUCUGUCUGUGUUGGCAGCUAGUUUGUGUGUUCCCAUCUUCUAGUUUCUGAAAACCAUGCAGACACAAUCCAGUUCACUUCUUUGUCAAAAA